UUUUAAUUUGUAUUUGCUAAUGAAUAAUUUAAAGUUGCAGUAUUUUCUUUUUUUGAAGGAUUUUUGAGAAUACAUCCUAUUAAAAAAGUAAUAUUGUUUUUACAUACAUUAGUGACAUCUAUCUAUAUAGGAAGUUGCAUAUACUCAGUCUAUUUCGUAUUGAUAUCAGGCAACGAACAUGUCCUAAGCACAUUCAUAAGAAAGGGGAUAGCAAACAUGAAGUACCUAUUGAGCAUUUGGGUAGUGGUAAGUUUACAUUCAUUACCAUAGCUUAGAAAUAAAUAAUACAUAAUGAUGUACGGUUACAACAUUAUUAAUAUUAUUUUUAUUGCAGCUUAUCGAGAUGGUUUAUUUUUGUAGCUAUUCAGUGAUAGAUUUCCUAGAAAUAUAUUAUUUAUAUCAUAAAAAGUCAGCAUUUGCACUUUUAUUGAGACAGUUUCUGAGAGUUACUGUAUGCAACGUACUCUUUUCAGUUGUUUUCCCAUUAUCAGCGGUUGUUGCAAUCUUGUUUUGGGGAUUCUACUUCUGGGAAAGAGAGCUUAUUUACCCUAAAAUAAUGGAUAAUGUUUUGCCACCAUUCAUAAAUCAUAUGAUGCAUACAUAUCCAGUGCCGCUAUCGAUAUUUUAUAUGUUCGUAGAAAUUACAGAGGAACCACCGAAAAAGAGGUCAUUUGUGUUACUAACAACAUUAAUGUCCACUUACAGCUUUGUAUUUUUCUAUGGAAAUCACAAUUGUGAUGAAUGGAUAUAUCCUGUUUUAGAUGCAUUGACCCCUUCACAGGCCACUUUGGUUGUGAUAUUUACGAUGACAACUCCUUAUGUUUUUCUCUUUGUCGGAUAUUACAUAUUCAGCAAAAUAAAAGAUGUACGAACAUACUUCAAUGCAAGAUUAAAAAAAGUGAAGAUUUAUUAAAAGUAUUGAGAAGCCUUCUCCAAAGUCACUAACGUUAAAUUAAUAAACUAUAUAUUUAACAGUAUAAUUAUGAAUUUUUUUAAAGUAACAGAUAAUGUUUAAUAAAGAUAAUUUUUCGCUGGAACUGUCCAUUAUACUAGAUCGAAGUAACAGCUGUUUUCGUUGAAACUGCUCAAUGGGAUGAUCAAUACCUUUUGCAUUAAAUAUCCUAGUUUAAAAUAUUUUUAGAUCUCAAAUGUAAUGGUUUUAAAUUGUAUCACAAAGGCUGAAAUACAAACAAUGGUAGAUUUGUAAUCUUAUUUAAUCAAUACAAACAAUUUUUUCUUGUUUAAUAUGUUUAGUAAUAAGUAGGAAGAAUG